AUGCUCCGGCUUAGGUAUCUGCUUCGAAGUCCUCACGCACGCUCGUCUCUCUUCAGUCCUACACACGCUCACGCUCGUUCCGACUUCUCAAAACCAACAAAUGUGCGACGCGUGAGGUUUAGGCGGCCCUGGAUUAGGUCGUUCAUAUCAAAAUGUCUUCUGUACGGCACCGCAUUCCACCUCUGGAGCACCUUCGUACUGAUACGAUUUGACGACGACACCGAUGAUGCCGAUCUACCUCCUGUGACCAACCCGGAGGAGAUAGCCCCACGCCAAACUUCCUUGGGAAGCGGUGAAAUCACCGGGAAAGAGGUCGGGAAAGAGGUCGAAAACGAGGGAGCGGUGUUCAUACCGCUUGCCUGGUCUCGUUUGCAAAAAGGCGAGCUAUACACUACAUCGGAUCCAGAGUGGCGAGAAUUUGUGAAGGUAUCCAAGGAUCGGAAGCAGCUUGAGAAGCUUAGGAAUAAUGCUGGGAGGCAUGUGUCACGGAUACUUGGAGAGCCUCUCUCCCUCACAGGAUUCUGGCUUGUCCAUCAGUUUCCAAACCGUGCUCCUCCUGGAUAUGUGCGAUCGGGGGUGGAGAUCAAAAGCGACAGCAUAUCGUGGGUCGCAAAGCCGAUGGACCCCGAAACAGGUGACAGAUUACAGAUCUUCAUGAAACCAGUUCAUGUUGCUCUAGCAAUCAGAGAUGCGUAUCUGGUGCUAUUAGUAAGACAACUGGAUCGUUUCAGGAAACCUGCAGGGGAGCCACUGGAUGCUUUUGAUUCGUUGAACGAUUUUUCUGCCACGCCUGGUGACGAAAGAGGGAACUGGAUUGGCCAAAAGGAUCAAUCUAAGCUACAACCACCACUGACCGACGGACUCAAAGAAAAUAUGCCGCCUAAUACCGAGAACUCCAACUACCACCCAUCGUCUCUCAUAUCCUUCUUACAGCGGCUACCGUUACCAGACCUCGGCCCGGGGUCGGAUCUGCACUUAGCAUCACAGGCAUUCAAAUUACGCUUGAAUCGUGAACGGGCCCAGACGCCAGGGUCUGCUCGUCGUGGAGCCUUCUUUAUCACGGGUCCAGUUGGGUUGAAGGGACCUAAUGGGUUUUGUCGAUUUGAGGUGAAAGGCGAGUAUGAUCCAGCCAAGCGUGAAUGGCGAACAGUGGAAAUGACGCUCAAGGAUCUAAACAUGAGGAGGCAGAAGGCAUUAGGAAGUUGA